AUGAAAAAAGUUGUACAGAUGAAAAUUAAAGUGAAAUACGAGACACUGAGAAAGCACAUUGACAAGGAAGAGAGGAGGAUUCUGCGGUACCUGGAAUGUGAACAAAGCCGUUUGACUACAGAGAUUGAUGUUAAGAUCUGCGAUCUGGAAAAGAAAGUGAAAGACUUUGAAAAGUCUUUUUCUGAUCUCAGUGACCUUCUGAAACACAACGAAGAUCUUCUUUUUAUCCAGGGUCUCAAUUCCAUGGCAGACAGAAUGAAGGAUGCAUCUGAGCCCUUUAUAGCACCGGUUCCCAGCUCGGAUAUUGAUGUGGAAAGACUGUUAGAAUGGGUCCAGCAGCAGUACGUAAUAGCACCCCAACCAGCCCUGGACAGGAACUUUCUGGUCAGUAUGUAUGGACAGACACCAACUCUAGAUCCUUACACAGCAUUUCCUCACCUCGUUUUGUCAGACAGUAACCGAUCUGUAUCAGGAUCAAAACACCAGCAACCUUACUCUGACAGCCCAAAGAGGUUCAACUACUGGUGGCAAAUUCUAUGUACCGAGAGAUUGAGCUAUGGUCGCUGCUACUGGGAAGUGGAGAUCGGAGGAGAUCGCCGUCGGUGGGAUGUUGGGAUGUGUUAUGAGAGUUUGAGCCGGAAAGGCAAAGGGAAAGAAUGUUCACUGGGACAGAACAAGGAGUCAUGGUGUCUAUACUCAGAGCCAGGGAGCGUUGCUGCCUUGCACGAUAACAAUGCCACAAAACUAACUGCUCAAAUGCCCACAAGGGUGGGAGUCUAUGUGGACUUUGAGGUUGGAAUAAUCUCAUUUUACAGUGUGUCUGACAGGAAACUAACACUGCUACACAACUUCCGGGAGCAAACUUUUACUAAGCCCCUCUAUCCAGCUCUGGGAGUGGCUGACUUCACGACAUCCCUGGCGUUGUGCAGUUUAAAGUAAUGCAUUAUCAAUGUUGAUAUUGAAAAGGAAGUGAUCAGAUCAAAAAUUGCAAGUGUCUGUCCUUUAACUGCAUUUCUCCUGCAAUGCAAAAGAUUGCAAUGGUGUUAUGUGGAUCAGUUAACUGAUACUAUGCAAUCAUUCCUCAAGCACUGGGACCGGUGUCUUAUGAUUAUGUAUAUCAUUGCUGUAGUAAGGCUUAAGAAUUCCUCUAGCAAGCCAUCAUGCCUGACAUGAAAGGAAUAAUCAGCCAAUCCAAGAGUAACCAGCGCAUGGCACAAGUCUUAGCCAUGUAUCUUUGGCAGCACUCUAGCCUCUGCAUCAAAAAAAUGUCAGUUCAGGCCUUACUCCUGUGACUUGAGCACAACAUCUAGAUUGUUAGUCCAAUGCAGUGCUGAGGAUAAUCCUGUCUUUAGCAUUAGCUGUCAAACUAAAAUGCUGUCUGGCCUCUCAAAUGUCAAGAGUAGGACCAUUCUGCCUGGUGUCCUGGCCAAUAGUUAUCCUUCAACACUAAAACAGAUGAUCCCACUGCUGUUUAUAGGAAUUUGCUGUUUUUUGAAGUCUUUUUUUCAGUGCUGGGUGGCACCUUAAUUUGAGGGAUUUUAAUAUCCCUCCUGUCCCAAUGAAUGUUUUAAAAAGUCUGGCACAGACGCCACUGCCAGCCUCCAAGUCCUGCUAAAAUAGGACCUUGGAGAUGUGGAUGGAGACAGUGAGGUAGUUGAGACAAUAAUCAUCCACUGGUACUUGGGAUAGUAGUAUGGUUUACAUUCUUCAGCCUUUCUGAAAUUCAUCUUCCAUUUACCCAUGAAGCUAGUCACACACACACUGGAACAGCAUGGUCCUGAGCCAGAAUCACAGACAAGUCCAUCCCUUCCUCACCCAGCCAGCCAACACAUUCACUUUCCGAUAGGUCACUGGUAACAUUUAGUUGGAGAAUCCUAGAUAAUUAUUCCCCGUGCUUAGUUUACACUCACUAAGACUAGGUUUAGUCACUCAUUGCUGCCAAUUGAGUAGAUUGGACUAGCUGCUCCACAGUACUGUGCUGGGAGGGAAAGCAACUGAUGUGACUAUUAACAUGAAUUACUCCAUAUAUGGUGUAUGUUUGAAUGAAAAAAAAGUGAUGUUUAAGAAUGUGAUGUGUAUGGGAGAAAAUUUUGAAAAUUAGUUUGCAUAUUGUAUAAAUCUAACGUCUAAUCUGAUGCUCAAGUUAGCUGCAACAUUAUAGUUUAUUUUAUACCAACUUCACCAUUGUAAGGGGAAUUUACUUUCUAGGAAAGCAGUUAUGGGCUUUAUGCAUUUCAUGCAAAUCUGGUCAUUAGACAAAUUCCUUCUCUGCUGCCUAAAUUCUGUCCUGCACUCUGCCUCAGUUAAUUAUCAUUCUUUUCCUCGCUGGUUAGCUCCCAAUUCUCCAAUGCAUCCCAUUUAAAAUUCUCAUUGUUGUUUUUACAUUCCUCUAUGAUCUCAUGCUUCUGUAUCAUGUAACGCUUUUGCUGUUCCUCAUGCUCCAACCUCUGUGCUAGUAUUGUAGGAACUGAUCAAAGAACAAAGAACAAAGAAAAUUACAGCACAGGAACAGACCCUUCAGCCCUCCAAGCCUGCACCGAUCAGAUCCUCUAUC